ACCAACAACUUGGGGGUUAUUUCUUCUCAUUUAACAGUAGUGAAAUCAAGCUGAAGUUUUGUACAACUGAAAUGGGAACUGCAGUUACUGCACUGUUAGACGUUGAAGAUUACCUCAAAUCAUUAAAGUAUAAAUUCACUCAAGCGGAAGCGGACGCCUUAGAAAGUGUUAAAGGGAAGUUGUUUAGGAAUUUUUUUCUUGGUGCUGGUGCUGCUACCGCUGCUGUAUGGGCAGCUACAAGAGGAUUUGGGUGGGGACAUAGAAUCAAUCUUGCUGGAGGAGCUGGUAUUUUUUCGGGGUUCAUUGUAUUUAGGAAGUCUUUUGAUUCAGCCCCGGAAAAGGUUCUUUCGCUGAAAGGUAGUCGUCUGCAAUCAGAAUUUGCAAAAAUAUUGUUGAUAAAGCAUCGUGAUAAUCCUCAGACAAUGCAAGUGAUUGAGAAAUAUUUCUACAAAGAACACGUUUAUGAUGAUUCAACUGUUGAUAGCACAAUUGCAAGAUGGCGUCAUCGAAGUUUCUUUGGUGAAAAUUCUGAUCCGGGUCAAAGAAAACAUGAUGAUGUCUAUGGUGCAGAUGUUGAUACAGAACAAAAACAAGUUGUAGACCCUACACCUUCUCCUAUAACGGCUAUAACUUCGAGAUCCAGUGUUGAAGUGUCUGCAGACCCUUUUGAUUGCUUAUUUGGGUAUUCAGAGACACUUGAAGGGAAAUCUCAACCUUAUAUUUCCCCCGAAGUUCCACCUAAAAGACGUACUCGCAGCCACAAAAAAACAGCUCGGCGUCAUCGGAAACGCCAUUCUGAACAUGAGCAAGCUGAAUCAAAGCGACAUUGAAUUACAAGGAGGCAACAAGCAGCGUAAUCCCAAGUAUAUGUGAAGGGAAAAAUCUGAUGUAGGAUACCCUAUAUCCACAACUAAUGAUCGUUAUUAGGCUUUAUUUAGUUCAUUGUAAAUUGUUGCAAUUCCUAUACGCUAAAUGAGGUUGGUAGUAGAUGAAAAGUGCAAGUAUCGCAUUAGGAGGACAUCUGAUCCGAUAUAACCAGAAUUUUAGAAAAUGAGAUUCAACAGAAGUUUUACGUGUCCAAUAAAUCUUUGAUUCCUUCUAUAAUCUUGCUUCAUCCAUCCACUGUUUUGGCUUUUGAGGUUUAUCAAGCAUCUCUACUGGAGCCCUCUUGUUAAAAUGCAGGAAUUAUUGAAUUGGCUGACGGAAUUUGGAAAUUGUGCCGAAGGAAAUGCAUCUGAUUUCGACCAUUUCUUGGUUUAGGCAAGUUUUGUAUGAUUUUGAUCUCUCGAAUCUAAGUACUUUCACAACAGAUUUACUUUAGGGUUCAGAUAUCCUCUCACACAAUCAUCAGCUUAAUGACACAUAUGGUGUAUUGACACAGAUGGUGUAUUGAAGGAUAACGCGGGCAGUAGUGCAGGUUAAGACGACAUCUUACUCAUGCAGUCACUCGUGUGUACUGUACGUGUAGUUUCCUAAUUAGGGUUUAGUUCUCAGUUUCUCUUUAAAUACUUC